AUGUUCUGUUAUCUACUUUAUCAGAGUUUUAGUGUUGCAUCCCUAAUAUACAAAGAUAAUACUAAUCAAACUAUUAUUAGUUGUUCUGCAGGCUCUCUUGGUGAAGUUUUUAUCCCUCAAAAUGUUACUGAAAUAUAUAGUGAAGAUUCAUAUAAUUAUGCAUUUAAGAAUUGUAAAGAUUCAAUUACAUCACUUAAAUUUGAAGAAGAUAGUAAAAUUACCAGCAUUAGCAGUUAUAGUUUUCGUGUAACAAGUCUUGAAUCAGCAAAUCUCAGUGAAUGCAAAAAACUUACAUUACUUAAUUCAAGUGUUUUUUCUUACUGUAAAUACUUGAAAUCAGUUAUACUUCCUCCAAAUAUUUCAAGUAUAGGAAGUAGUUGCUUUUCUGAAUGUAAAAAUCUAAUAUCAAUAUAUUUACCAGAUUCUGUAGUUACUCUUGACGUUGCCGUUUUUAAAGAAAGUGGUUUAACAACCAUAAAUGUUUCAUCUGACUCUAAAUUAAAAACAAUAGGAAUUGAAUGCUUUUAUAAAUCAAAUUUUACUUCAUUUUGUAUCUCAAAUUUAUUAGAUUUCACAAUCCCAGAAAGUGUAGAGUCUUUUGAAAGCGAAGCAUUCGGCUUUUGCCAAUCAUUAACAGCAAUUACAAUUCCAUCAAAAAUAACAAGAAUUUUUUGGCAAUCAUUUUUUAAUUGCAUAAAAUUAGAAAGUAUAACAUUCAAAGGUAAUUUAACAUAUAUUGGAAGCGGUUCAUUUUAUUUUUGUAAAUCUUUAACAUACAUAAUAAUUCCAGAAAGUGUGGAAGUUAUUGAAUCUACGGCAUUUAGUAGUUGUGAAUCAUUAACUAAUGUUGUAAUUCCACCAAAAGUCACAAAAAUUUCUGAUUCGACGUUUUCUUCUUGCAAAAAUUUAACAAAUGUUACAAUAGCAGGAAAUCUGACAUAUCUUGGAAGUUUUGCAUUUUCAAAUUGCAAAAUAUCAAGUAUCACAAUUACAGGAAAUCUAACAUCUAUUGGAGGAAAUGCAUUUUAUCAAUGUCAAUCAUUAAUUAAUAUUACAAUAAUUGGAAAUUUAACUUCUAUUCAACCUUGGUCAUUCUGCCGAUGCACAUCAUUGACUAAUAUUAUAAUUCCUGAAAGUGUAGAAUAUAUUGGAUCUAAUGCAUUUCAAGAGUGUGAAUCAUUAUCAAAAUUUACAACACCAUUAAAAUUAAAACAAAUUUCUUCCUCCACAUUUUACAAAUGCAAGAAUCUUAAAAGUCUUACAAUCACAGCAAAUUUAGCAUAUAUUGGACAAGGUGCAUUUCAAGAGUGCAAUUCAUUGAGAGAUAUUUUAAUCACUGGAAGUUUAAAGUCUAUCGGAAUUUGGGCAUUUACUUUGUGCAGAAAAUUACUUAAUUUUACUAUUCCAGAAUGUGUAAUAAAUAUUGAGGAAAGGGCAUUUAGUAGUUGUGGAUUAAUAAAUGUCACUAUUCCAUCAAAAGUAACAAAUAUUACAUCAGAUUUAUUCUCUUAUUGCCGUUAUCUCAAGAGUGUUACAAUCUUAGGAAAUAUAACAUCUAUUGGAUCAGGUGCAUUUAGUCAAUGUUAUUCAUUAAGAGAAAUUAAUAUCCCAGAAAGUAUAGAAUCAAUUGGAUCUUAUGCAUUUUCUAGUUGCAAAUCAUUAACAACAAUUGAAAUCCCAGAAAUGGUAACAUCUGUUGGAUCUUAUACAUUUAACAAUUGUGAAUCUUUAACUAAUAUUACAAUUCCAUCAAAAAUAACAACAAUUUCAGCUAAUGCAUUUUCUAAUUGUAAAAAAUUACCAACUAUUAUAAUUCCAGAAAGUGUAUAA